GCGACACCGCAGCUGUUUGGUUUGGAACCAUGACUGAAGAUGACGGAUUCAGUUGUCGUGGAGGGAUAUGUCAAAUUCAGAGAUGGAAAAAAGUGGAAGGAUAGGUGGGUUGCACUCCGCAAGCCAUCGCCUGUAGCAGACUGCUUAUUACUUCUGGUCUACAAAGACAAGUCGGAUAAAGCCCAGGGCCACCGGGAGAGGGUCAGCGUCACCUUGGAGGACAUCUGUGGUCUGGAGACAGGUCUCUCCUAUGAGGGGGUGGGCUACACGCUAGCCAUCCUCUGCCUGGGCCAGGUUGUCAUGCUGGGCUUCGACGGAAAGGAGGCUCUGCUGGCCUGGGACAUCCGCAUCCGCUACAGUCUGGGGGAAGUCCACAGGUUUAGCGUUGGUAUCUUACCAGGCACCAUGUUGGAGAGCGGGCCUGCGACCCUUCACUUGUGUAACAACCUAUUGGUCCUGGUCAGGGACAUUCUCCCCGUUAUCAUCGGCCAGUGGAACCUUCCAGACCUACGCAGAUAUGGGCCUGUACCAAACGGCUUCGUCUUUGAGGGGGGGACGCGAUGCGGCUACUGGGCUGGCGUCUUCUUCCUAUCAUCCAUGGAGGGUGAGCAGAUCAGCUUUCUGUUCGACUGCAUCGUCAGAGGCAUCUCCCCCAGCAGAGGCCCUUUUGGACUUCGGCCAGUCCUGCCAGACACCAACGCUGUCGCUAGCCAGGCCUACUCUGAGAAGAGGGUGAACCAUGAGGCCCAGGAGUUGGAGAAACGACUCACCAUGCUGUCUCACCAGAGCAGCACAGGUUCCUCCACAUAUGGUCUGUCUGUGGCGGGAGAUGACUGCAGCAUAUCAGGCUCCUCUCACACCUCCGACACCAGCCAAUCAGACUCCAUCAUCGGCAACCGGCUGGCCAUUUGGACUGAGCCUGUCACAACAAGCUCUGCCCGCACAGAGACCAUCAUUGGCCAGUUACAAGCCAAGGAGAAACCGUCCGCCAGCCAGGUGGGUGGAGCCCGUGUAGUAGCCAAGAUCCCUCGGUCCCGGCAGCUGCAGGAGAUUGGUCGCCAGAGCUCGUCCGACAGCGGCAUCGCCACAGGAAGCCACUCCUCCUACUCUGGGAGUUUCUCCUCCUACGUGGGUAGCCUGGACAUUGGCCCUGGGGGGGACGACUUUGGCUCCCUGCUCAGCCUGCCCCCUCACCUGUCUCUAGACCUGGCCCCCUGUACCUGUCCCCAUGCGCCAGGACAUGAGUACCAGGUACCCACCUCACUGAGGUACAUCUAUGACAGCCCCCGAACUCUACUGCAGUGGGGAACAGGAGGGGCCAGGGGGCAGGAUACCUCCACAACACCUAUAGACCAGGUGACCAGUUCACCCCCAUUAUGUGAGUCAUCACAGGGGGGGAAAGAUGCUCCUCUCAGGGGUCUCUCGGACAAUGUUGCCAGGCGGUCCACCACAGAGCUCCUGCAGAGCCAGUCUGAGGAGAGUAAAAGAAGGGUGGCGCCCCCUAGUGACAGUCAACACCCAGAGUCCUGUCAGGUCUGCAGUAGUUCCCAACCCACUGCCUCCAAAACCCUCCUCACUAUCUGCCCCACCUGUGGAGGAUUCAAGGGGAACCCGCUCUCCUACACAGCGGGCUCAGCAAUGCCAGCCAUAACAGACAAGAAGCUGAAAAGUAAGGAGGAGAGGAGCAAAGUUGAAUAUGAUACUAUGGAUAGCCGGGCGUUGGAGAAGAGUUCAGAGCCAGAGGAGAAAAGCAAGUAUGAGCUGGUGGGCAGUUGUGGACAACAACGGUUCCUUCAUGAGACUGAAGGGGCCAAGUUUGUGUUUCCGCCAGACAUGGUGGCUCCAGAAAGACCCCGCGGUGAUGGUGUGACAUACGUCAAUAUUCCCAUCAGCCCCAUGUCUAAGAAACAGCUGAACUACAUGGAGCUGGAGCAUCAGGAGCAUGCUGGGGUCAGGGGGACUGGCCAGCACCUUCCAGGACAGAUUGGAGAUUGCUCCCGGUCUUUCCGAGUGACAACUGAGACACCGUCAUCAGCGUGGUCUAAUCGGCAGAAAAGUCAACCGUUAACGUCAUUACUCUCCGGGAAUAUGAGGGACAGUCUUGCUCAACGUGAGAAAGGUUAAUUUCCAAUGUCAGCGAGAGGAUUUCCGUCCCGGUGUGUGGCAUCAUCUAUAUAUCACUUGGAGGAGAAGCGUUCCAGUUUAGCCGCGACAGAAGGUCAUAGGGCGUUCGGAAUACCGUGGUGA